CUCAGCUGUCUAUUGGCCGAAGAUCAUGGCUGCGAUGACCUCCCACAGCACCGCACGCGCCAGCCGAGUGGUCGCUGGGAAGCGGUCCUUGAAGGCAUCACCCACACAGACAGGAGCCUCGGUCGUGAAGAUGGAGACGCCCACUGCAAACGAAAGACAGAAGGGCACAGUGAGUGCUGCGUGUAUCUAUAUGUUCACGGGAUGGGCUGGGCUGACCGGUGUUGCGGUCGAGGCCCGUGAUUUUGAUGCAUGCGACAAAAGAGUGGGUGGCGUCGGUCAGGACGAGGUGACGUUGCCCAGGGGAGCGGUAUGAUGUUGUGGUGGUGCAUCUCGCCACUGGUCUGUGGGAGGACUGUGUCAGCAGGAUGCCCAGCCGGUUGUUGUCAGCAUGCCUGACCAGUAAAGGACACGCACACACACAUCCACUCCUUCGUAUGUCGCGACAGUACCCUCACAAAGCAAUGCCCCGCCUCACCUGGGGAUGGGACGGCUCGUGUGGUUCCUCUGGCCAGUUGCCCUGACGUGGUUGAUGAUGAUCACCUUGACGAAUGACGACACGGACGAGUAGUGACGAGCAUCAAACAGCCCCCAGCCAUCAUUGGGGCGACAGUCAAUGCUGCUCUGGACGGGCGGGUCGUGCUGCUGUCGGUGCUGCUGGUAGAGAUGGCCGGCAGGGAGGGGCGGGUCGAUGGUCAGCUCGAAGCCGUCCUCGUCCUUGACGGCCCGCAGUGUGUUGCCCUGAUGCCGGAACAGCUGGAAUCUCACGCCGUUACCGAAGUCGAUGUGGCGGCCGACCAUCUUGAGCUGCGCCAACACACGCGGAGAGGCCAAAUACGCCUAAACACACACAGCACAUCAACACAUGCACCAAACAUACACUCAUUGCUUGACAUCCUUUCUCCUUCCCUCCCACCCUCCCUCUUUGUUGGCUUACCGUUUUGUUUGGGAAUUGGUGCAGAUCGUCAGCGGUGAGCCUCACAGGCAGCAAGCAGUAGCGACACUGCCCCGCCAGCUCAAUCACCUCCCCAAUCUCGUCCCAGCCGCCCUCCUCCGUCACACACAGCGCCGCCAGCAGGUCAGCAACGCCUAUGUGCCGCUGAUAGAAGGUCAGCAGCUGCUGUCCGUUGGCCGCCCAUCGCAGCCCCGCCUGUGUCCUGAGCGAGUGAUCUGUUGUCCAUUGGCUGAGCAGCUGCCGCAACUGAGCCGCUCCGAAGAGGUCCCUGGCCUAUUUGCAUGUCUUCCUCAGACACAGCACAUCCCGCAGCAGAAAAUCACUGCCGCGGCGGGCACAGACGUACCACACGGGGUGCUGCUGCUGCUGCUGCUGGUUGGGCUGCUGCUUGGGCUGCUGGUUGGGCUGCUGCAUGGGGGCCGUGAGGCUCGCCGACAGUGAGUUGCCGCCUCCCUGAUGCUGCUGCUGUGACGAUCCCGCACCAACCGAACCACCUGUAGGCACCACCCAACACAACACAGCAAAGGACGGUCAUUACGCUAUGCCGUCCACCGAUAUCUGAUGCUUUGCGUACCUCCACUAUGUCCAUCAUCAUCACCAGCAGCAGCAGCAGCAGCAGCGCUGAUGUCUACGCGUCUACGCUUGGCGCCGUCAUCAGCAGGCACCUGACCAGCGAUCGACAACAAUGAGUCGCUGUGUGUGUGGGAGGGUCGGUUUGGACUUGUGCGUACCGGUUCGCUAUGAUCUUUGUUGUUGUCGGUCUCAUUCUGUCCCACCGCACUGCCCGCCUCGACCUCGACGCCCAUCCGCUGACGUCGACACACACCGACAGAGACACACACACGGGAGUGAUUGUCUGUGCCACUCAUUGGUCAGUGGAAGCUUACGCGUUUGUUGUUAUUAGUGGACGACUGCACCAGCUCAUCGCCGUGGGCCAAGUUGUGCUGAAGACCAAACAGACGACCAACCAGGCAGGUAGCACAAUGAGUAGUGUGGCGACUCGACCUCCCUCCGUCUCCCUCACUCUCUCACCGAUUGGAUCCCUCCUAUGACAUCUCGCAAGCUACCAUCCAACAAGUCGCCCCGCCCACCUGCACCACACUCACCAUCACCCCACACAGACACUCACAUGACAGCCGGCCGUGUGUUCGAGUUGUGUGCGUCAUGGCCCACCUCUGGAGGGAGCCGGGGCGUCGUGGCUACUGUCCAUCUGACCAACACGAUCAACCGUCUGCACACAAAGGAACCAACCACACAGCGAGAUGGGAUCCAUUCAGAUGUCAGAGUGCCUGUGCUCUCAGUUUGCAAACUCACUGCUUAGUGUGUGUGUUUCUGCGGCAGCAUUCGAGCUGAAACGGACGUCAGCCAUCACGAAGCAGACCGAUUGAUGCCGUCAAUGGUGCUCCCGCACACCUGCGAAAUCUCUCACUGAGACCACCACUGUCACACCUGACAGCACACACCACACACAGCCUGUCGUUUGUGUGUGUCAUGCAUGACGUCAUCUGCCUGAACAACUGCUUCCCUCAAUUGGCCUCGCUGAUGCAUGGGAAGCGCAUGAGCUCAGUGAGUAGCCAGUGAAUGGGUGCAUGGAGAGGUCUCAUGGCCUUACCGAUGAUGACAAGACGAGCAAGUGUGGAGGUGUCAACACGCCUCUGUCGCCUCUUCGCGAAGAAGAAUCACGACCUGCGAGCUUGGACGAUGCUGGCCAGCGGCCCAGGUGCGCUGGCCAGCAUUCUUCAAACAACAGAUCUCCGUUGCCAGCGCUCCCAGGCCGCUGAGCGUGAGGAUGUGUGUGUGGUGCCUUCUCGCCUGUACAGGGAGAUGACUCGUGUGUACAGACUUGCUCACGUGCACUCAGAGCUAUGGUAUCCACCAACACGUACAUACCGGCAAUAUGCCAUCCGCACAUCGAAGCUUGAGGGAAAAAUAGCCUACAUGCAUCUCACACUCACACCCAAGUAGCCUCACACACACGCUGGGCAUGAUACAUCUGGCUUUGUGUCUCGCGAGCAAAGUGAGGCCACUGGCGAAUGUAGAAAAGAGACAAGGCAAGCCCCAUCGGCCCUUCUGCGCACACAAAAAUACCAAUCG